CUGCAGCAAUAGAGCGCAUGGAAGUGGAGCCUGCUGUAUGUCAAUAAAGCGGCUAACGCUAGUGCGCUACAGUCAUGCACUUAGUGGAUUAGGAUGUGGAGGCAGGCAUGGCGCUGGUCGGCGUUUAGAGACACUCGCGCGGGGACCGCUCGCUUCGUGGCCGCUGCCAGUCCGCGGCGGAGCUCAGCUGGUCCCACGAGGAGUUUCGAAAACAUUCCCCAUCCACUGAGAGGCAGGUCCCAGCUGCUCCUCCGGCCACAGUCGGUGUCGGCCAGCUACCUCAGUCCGUCUGUGUUCCUGAGCAUGGCAUCAGGGAGUAGCCAUCCACCGUCCACGCAUCCCAAACACACAAACAGGUUGGCCAAUGAGCGGUCGCCAUACCUGCUGCAACAUGCACACAACCCCGUCGACUGGUAUCCAUGGGGACAUGAGGCAUUUGAAAAGGCAAGAAGAGAAGACAAACCCAUCUUCUUAUCAGUGGGCUAUUCGACGUGCCACUGGUGUCACGUUAUGGAGAGGGAGUCCUUCAAAGAUGAGGAGAUUGGAAAAAUCCUCAGUGACAACUUUGUCUGCAUCAAACUGGACAGAGAAGAGAGACCUGACGUGGACAAGGUCUACAUGACCUUUGUGCAGGCAACAAGUGGUGGUGGAGGCUGGCCCAUGAGUGUGUGGCUAACUCCCGACCUUCGACCUUUUAUCGGAGGUACUUACUUCCCCCCGAGGGACCAAGGAAGAAGACCGGGCUUCAAGACAGUUCUGAUGAGAAUCAUUGAACAGUGGCAGAACAACCGAGCGACUUUAGAGUCCAGUGGUGAGAGGAUAAUCGACGCUCUAAAGAAAGGCACAACCAUCACUGCCAACCCAGGAGAAAGCCCUCCCUUGGCCCCAGACGUUGCUAAUCGCUGCUUCCAGCAGCUGGCCCACUCCUAUGAGGAAGAGUACGGAGGCUUUAGAGAUGCUCCAAAGUUCCCCUCACCAGUGAAUAUGAUGUUCCUCAUGUCUUAUUGGUCCGUGAAUUGCUCCACCUCAGAGGGGGUCGAGGCACUCCAGAUGGCCUUGCACACACUCCGAAUGAUGGCACUGGGAGGCAUCCACGACCACAUUGCACAGGGUUUUCAUCGUUACUCCACGGACUCUUCGUGGCACGUCCCUCACUUUGAGAAGAUGCUGUACGACCAGGCUCAGCUGGCUGUGGCUUACAUAACCGCUUUUCAGGUAUCAGGUGAGCAGUUCUACGCAGACGUGGCUAAGGACAUCCUGCUGUACGUCUCCAGGGACCUGAGUGACAAGUCUGGAGGCUUCUACAGUGCAGAAGACGCUGACUCCAUCCCAGCAUCAGGGGGGCUGGAGAAGCGAGAGGGGGCCUUCUGUGUGUGGACAGCCUCAGAAGUGCGGGAAAUCCUGCCUGAUGUGGUAGAGGGCGCGGUCGGAGCCGCCACGCUCGCAGACAUCUUUAUGCACCACUACGGAGUCAAGGAGCAAGGCAACGUUGCAGCUGAGCAGGAUCCACACGGGGAGCUGCAGGGGAAAAAUGUGCUGAUAGUCCGUUAUUCAGCGGAGCUAACAGCUGCUCACUUUGGCAUCACGGUUGAGAAAUUCAACGAACUCAUGACCUCAGCCAGAGGCAGAAUGGCAGCAGUGAGGCAGAUUCGCCCGCGACCCCACCUGGACACCAAGAUGCUGGCUUCCUGGAAUGGCUUGAUGCUGUCUGGCUUUGCUCGGGUUGGAGCCGUGCUGGGGAACGAGGUGCUGCUGGAGAGAGCGGUGCAAGCGGGAAACUUCCUGAAGGAGCACCUGUGGGAACCCGAUCAGCAGAACAUGCUCCGAUCUUGUUACCGCGGAGACCAGAUGGAGGUGCAACAGAUAUCCCCGCCUAUCUGCGGCUUCCUGGACGACUACGCCUUCGUCGUUUGCGGCCUGCUGGACCUGUACGAGGCCACGUUCCAGACGGAGUGGCUGCGGUGGGCCGAGGAGCUGCAGGCCAGGCAGGACGCGCUGUUCUGGGACAACCAGGGCGGAGGUUACUUCUGCAGCGAGCCCAGCGACGCCGCGGUUCUCCUGCGACUGAAGGAGGAUCAGGAUGGAGCAGAGCCCAGCGCCAACUCCAUCUCAGCUUCCAAUCUGCUGCGACUGUCCCACUACACCGGAAGACAAGAGUGGCUCCAGAAAUCCCAGCAGCUGCUGGCAGCAUUCUCCGACCGGCUGACCAGUAUUCCCAUAGCUCUGCCUGAGAUGGUCCGGGCUCUCAUGGCCCAGCACUACACACUUAAACAGAUUGUGAUCUGCGGUCACAGGGAGGCUUCGGACACCGCAGGGCUUCUUGCAGCUGUCAAUUCCCUCUUUUUACCGUUUAAGGUCGUGAUGCACACCGAUGGGAACCCAGAGAGCUUCCUGUGCCAACGUCUGCCAGCGCUGUCCUCCAUGACCCAGCUGGACGGCGCCGCAGCAGCAUACGUCUGCCAGGAUCUCACCUGCUCUCUGCCCGUCACCGAGCCCCAGGAACUGCGGCGGCUGCUCCUGGACGGAGCCCCGGCGCAGGAGAGCCUCUGACAUGGGAAGGACAGGACUGCAUCCUGCAAAAUCUGCUGCUUCCGGACUUUCCCUUCAGUGAAUACCAAAGCUUUAGAAAGUUCUGGUGCAGUGCCUUGCAGACGUAACAAAAUAAAUUCCUCUUCCUGGUUUUCUUCCAGAUUUCAGCUUCUUGCCAUCGACUCCUGAGCAGCUUCCCUGAGCUGAAAGUAAAGCGUCCCCACAGGAUCAUGCUGUUAUUGCCAGGUUUUACAGUGAGGUGCAGUGAGUUCAGUGGCGGCUUUAACAUGUAGAUCCAAAAGUUCAAUUUUGACAAAACCACCCUUCUAAAACUUAAACUAAUUUUUCAGCCACAAAAUUUGUUAAAUAAAAAUAAAAUGCAAAAAUAAUUUUGGGAUUUUUUUUGUUUUUGUUUUGUUUUACCUAAAAAUAAUAAGCCUGUUUUUAAGCAAUUUGUAAAUCCCUAAAGAUCAAAAACAUAAAAAAGAUGAUUCCCAUAUUUUUGGGGAUCAGUUGUUUUUAAUUUGAUGGCCAAAUUUUUCCUUUUCUUGAAUUGUAAUCAGGGGGGGCAGUUAAAAUCAUUUCAAGGGCCAUAAAAGGCCCCUGGGCCACACUUUAGACACCCUGUCCGUGAAAAUGGACGUGCAGGAAUUUAUUUAAAGACAUCUGAGUAAAAGGGGGUUAAUGUAAAAGGCACAUAUAUUUAUUUUUUUAAUUGUGAACCACCAUUUUCCUUCCACUCUACCUUCCAUUGGGACAAAACAUAAAAUCCCAAUAAAAAACAUUCAACUUUAUGGAUGAUGAAGCUUGAACAUUUCAGUGGACACUUGCAAGUCACCAUGUGAUGCAAACAUUGUCUUAGACAGUCUAAUAUUUUCUAUUAGUGGAAAAGCGUUACCUCUGCAGCAGCAUACUAUUGAAAAAUAUGCAACACUUGUACAAAAUACUGAGGCUUGACUGUAAAUGCCAGACUGCUAAUGGAACACAACUUCAAUCCACCGAUGUGAGCCAUACGGAAAUUAAUUUGAGCCGCACUGUUGUUGUCCUAUUACCCAAAUAUAAAGGUAGAAACGAGCCUUUUUUUUUUAAAGUUAAAACUGCUUCAUGUACCAAUUUCUGUAAAUUAAUAGCAGCAAACAAGCAGCUCUUUGCCACAUUAUUAAUGCAACUGUUGUGGAUUUUAUCCUGAGGCUAUGACAUGGAAAAAAACAAAAACACAAUGCAAAUAAAGCAUGCAUUUUUUCCUCCUG